AUGCUUUAUCACGCCCUGUUGCUGGCUUGCUGCCUCGCCGCCCUCACGCUGCCCUCGGGAGGGAUGGGCGCCGGCGACCUCUUCACCUCCAGCGCCAACAUUUAUCAACUCUAUUCCGUGGAGAAGAACCUCGCCAGCGACCUCGAAACGCUCAUCAACGACCAUCAGGUCAAACUCGACCAUCUGCGCCUCGUGGUUCAGCAACUUCGCGACGCCCCCCAGCCUGCGGAUGACCUCCACCUGAGCCCAAAGGAGAGCUUCUCCGUCAUUGAGCGUCUGGUUGCUGAUCGAGUGCACAACUUGACCAGCCAUGACAUGAUUCCGUCGGAUGAAGACCUGGCGGGUGCUUCGGCUGCUUUGCUCCGUCUCCAGCGCACCUAUGAAAUGGGACCCGACUCCCUCAUGCCGAAUGCCUCAGUCAGCGCUUACCAUCGCAUUGGGCGCCAAGCUUACAAGCAAGGCGAUUACGCCUCGGCUAUUGAUUGGUUGGCACAAGCUGCCGACCUGACCCAGUCUGCCAAGGAGCGAGCUGAGAUCUUGGACUACCUGGCCUUUAGUCAUUUUCAGGUGGGCGACCUGCAAGCCGCCCUGGACCGAUCCGCUCAGCUGCUCGAACUACAGCCUGAUAACGGCCGUGUCUUCAAAAAUGUUGAGUACUACACCCAUCAGUUGCACAAGGCAUCCAAUGGCACCAGUGCCUCGGGUUCAGUUCGAGUGGCCCGCAAAGCCAACUACAGACCUGACAAUGUCUUGGGGCGAGACGAGCGAGAGCUGCUCAAAUUCAACAAGCUUUGCCAGGGUCGCAAGAUAUACAAGCCCUCCAAGCCUCUCUCUUGUCGGUUGCAACACUUCAACAAGCCGCAUCUCUUUCUCAAGCCGAUUCGAGUCGAGUACGUUCACGAGGGCAACAAUCGUCUACAGAUCUUCCGCAACUUUGCAUCAGCCCAAGAGUGUGCUCACCUGCGCGAAGAGGGUCGCAAGAAGCUGAGUCGGGCUGUAGCCUGGACUGACGGCGCGUUCCGUCCGGUGGAGUUUCGUAUCUCUACCGCAGCCUGGCUGCAGCCUGAUCACGAUGAUGUCGUGACCAAUUUGCAUACGCGCAUCGCCGACGCCACUCAGCUGGAUCUGGAGUUUGCCGAGGCUCUCCAAGUGUCCAACUACGGUAUUGGUGGCUUUUAUGAGACGCACUAUGACCACCACGCCAGCCGUGAGCGCGAGCUACCCGAAGGUGAUCGCAUCGCCACCUUCAUGAUCUACCUGAAUCAAGUCGAGCAGGGGGGCUACACCGCCUUCCCCCGCCUGGGUGCUGCCGUGGAGCCGGGCCACGGUGAUGCGGUUUUUUGGUACAAUCUGCUGCCGGACGGUGAGAGCGACAACAAUACGUUGCAUGGUGCCUGCCCCGUCUUGCAAGGCUCCAAGUGGGUCGCCAACAAGUGGAUUCACGAGAAGAAAAACGACAUUUGUCGACCCCUCGCUUGA